AUGAUGGACAAAGCGAGAAAGGCAGCUUCGUUCAAUACCUACGAGCUGACAUGUUUGAUACAUGGCGGAGCUGAUAUUGUCAAGCAGCGGAGAGCUGCCUUCAACCGCGUCGAGAAGCUCACUGGUACCCUAGAUCCUAGCAAGCUCCCUUGCUCAUACGGAAAUAUGGAUCGUGAGCAAGCUUAUGACGAAGGUCUCGAGUGGGGGAAGGCAGCGUUCGAAGACGGAAUUACCCAUAAGCAUACCAUUUUCGACAACAUUACACCCCGAUAUGUUCUCAGCAAUGCCAGUCCCUUCGGGUUGACCACAGUGAUGUUCAUUCCAACGUUGAGGCUUCAGGCGACGGCCGAACAACGAGCGAAAUGGCUACCUCUUGCAGAAUCGGGGAAAAUCAACGGCGCGUACUGCCAGACAGAAUUAGGCCACGGAAGUUUCGUAAGAGGCAUCGAAACCACCGCCACUUUGGAUACCAACACCGACGAAUUCGUUAUUCAUUCUCCGACGCUUUCAUCUACCAAGUUCUGGCCUGGGGCUAUUGGCUUUUCUUGCACUCAUUCUAUCGUCGUAGCCCGCCUGAUCAUCCGGAACAAAGAUUACGGACCGCACCUUUUCAUGGUGCAGUUCCGGUCACUCUCGGACGGAUUGCCUCUGCGUGGGAUCGACUUGGGAGAUAUCGGACUCAAGAUGUCCUACAAUGGCACAUGCAACGGCUAUGCUACAUUCAAGAACGUUAGGAUUCCGAGGUCUGACAUGCUAAUGGGGAAUGCUUCGGUCAGUCCUGAAGGCGAGUACAAGAAGAGUCCGCAUGCAAAGCUCUCGUACGCAACCCUUGUCUACGUUCGGACCGUCAUCGUGCGUGCCGUCGCCUUCCAGCUCGCGCAGGCUCUUACCAUCGCAACUCGUUAUUCGAUCGUUCGGGAGCAGGGCUUGGGGCCUAACGGUCUUGCUACUACCGAAUCAGCUCUUAUCGACUACAAGUCUCAAUAUUAUCGCCUCCUCACACUAACUUCGAAGGCGUAUGCAAUACUCUUUGCGUCUCGCACAUGCGAUGCUGAAUAUGCAAUCCUUCGCAAGCAACAAGACGCGGGAAAUCAUGGAGGGCUACCAUACAACCACACUCUUGCUGCAGGGCUGAAAGCAUGGGCUACCCAGGCAGCUUCCGACGGUGCCGAGGACGCUCGAAAGUGCUGUGGUGGGCAAGGCUACCUCAUGACCAGCGGGCUACCGGAGAUCGUUGCCAGCGUUACUGCCACAGCGACCUUCGAGGGCGAGAACUAUGUGCUUUGGCAACAGGUCGGUCGGUAUCUAUUCAAGCUUAUUGAUACCCUCGCCGAUAGGAAACCUAUCGAGCCGAAGAUGAAUUACUUAGCAGAUGGAUGGGCCCAUUUCUCAUGGAUGAGUCCUCUUGCGACGUGGAGACCAUCAGAUGGCUGCGUACAUGUCAUCCACGAACCGUGUUCCGCGCGCGGCGAACAGUUCCUCGAUGCAAAUGUUCAGCUAUCUAUCUACCGCCAUCGCGCGCUUCGACUCAUCUUCAGUGCGUAUACCGCCCUCCGGAGUUCUUCAUUGCCGCCAGCGGAGGCGUGGAACGAACACAUGAUGAACAUCAUCAACGUUGCGCGUGCUCAUGUCGAGUUCGUCGUCCUGCAAGAAUUCGUAUCGCACACCUCGACCCUCCCAGCUUCACCGAUGAAGACUGUACUCGUUAACCUGCGUUCCCUCUUCGCUUUGUCUACGAUCACGAAUCCAGCGUCCAUAAACGCAAUCAGCUUCAUCGAAGAUGGGUAUCUGUCGCUAUCACAGCUCUCCACAAUCCGCGAUUUAGUCAACAGCCUACUUGACAAACUGAAGCCGGAGAUUGUAGCCCUGACAGAUGCGUGGGACUUCACGGAUGCCAGUCUGUGCAGUGCGAUCGGAAUGAAGGACGGAAAUGCGUAUGAGACGUUGAUGAACUGGACCAGGCAGAUUCCUAUCAAUGUGAAUGCGAAGAAGGAUGGUGGCGUGUAUAAGUCUGGAUGGGACGGAUGGAUUGAUCCUGUGCUCCGGGCGAGGUUGUGA